UCCUUGGCCUUGGUGUCUCAUACUUAACCAUAGAACUCUUCUUAGUCAUAACUAUAUAUAUAGACCCUCCUUAGACCCCUCUUCUUCCACAACCGAUCAAAAAGUCAUUUUCUUGAAACUUGCUUUGAUGAUGAUGAUGAUGCUGAGCCGCGGUGGCAGCAACCGUGCACUGUUGGCUGCCAAGGGCUUAAGCGCCGAAGUUGGAGCUCUUAAGAAAUGGAGUUAUGGUGUGAGGAGUGAGAGUACUUUGGCUUUCUCAGAGAAAGAGAAGAAGGUUGAUUCUUCUUCUUCUGCUGCUGCUGCUGCUGAUGGGAAGAAAGAGGAAAAGGGAAUAGCCAGUUAUUGGGGCAUUGAAGCCUCUAAGAUCACGAAACCUGAUGGCACAGAAUGGAAAUGGAAUUGUUUUAGGCCAUGGGAGACAUACAAAGCAGAUGUUUCGAUUGAUCUGAAGAAGCAUCAUGCGCCAGUCACCUUUCUUGACAAAAUGGCGUUUUGGACUGUCAAAGCUCUUAGAUAUCCCACCGAUGUCUUCUUCCAGAGACGAUAUGGAUGCCGAGCGAUGAUGCUAGAGACAGUGGCAGCAGUUCCUGGGAUGGUAGGAGGCAUGCUACUGCACUGCAAAUCCCUGAGAAGAUUUGAGCACAGUGGUGGGUGGAUCAAAGCACUGCUAGAAGAAGCAGAGAACGAGCGGAUGCACCUGAUGACGUUCAUGGAAGUGGCAAAGCCCAAGUGGUAUGAGCGUGCUCUAGUCAUAACAGUGCAAGGUGUUUUCUUCAAUGCAUACUUCUUGGGGUAUUUGCUCUCACCUAAAUUUGCCCACCGAAUGGUUGGUUACCUUGAGGAGGAGGCAAUACACUCCUACACAGAGUUCCUCAAGGAGCUGGACAAGGGCAACAUAGAAAAUGUGCCUGCUCCAGCCAUUGCCAUUGACUAUUGGCAGCUCCCACCGGAUUCUACUUUAAGGGAUGUUGUCAUGGUUGUCAGAGCUGAUGAGGCACAUCAUCGUGAUGUCAACCACUUUGCAUCGGACAUACACUACCAAGGACGAGAGUUGAGAGAUGCUGCUGCUCCAAUUGGUUAUCACUAGACAUCAAAUUUUCCAACUCUUAUGAUGUUGGGGUGACAAAAUUCAAGACACAAAUUCUAAUGUCGUUUUGGCUACAGAAUAAAUAAAAUUGCUUGUAACUGACUAUAUAAAGUUGUUUAUUUCUUUUGUUUAAUGAUGCCAUUGUAAAUAGUGCGGUAUUGUCUUUAUUUGUUCAAAGUCAUACUGUAUGGAGUAAUUUGUAAUUCUACUGUACAAACGCUUUAAGGUACAAGUGGAGUUAUAUGAUAUCUCCGAGAGCUCGGUGGUAUAUUUUGCUUACUAA